AUGCCUCCAACAUCGCAUGGAACCCACUACCACGCAUACCUCCCUCCUUCAGUCCUCACACCGCUCGACGAAUGCAAGCUACCCUCCGCAAAGGCCAUCAAGCUCUACCCAGUUCCAAUCCCAGUCUCCACUCCACAGCGCCCUGUACCCAAGCCGGCCAAGCCCACGUCCAAUCGCGCACCUCUCACCGCGCCUGUACCAUCCACACCCAUCGUCAACCCUCCAACGUCACUUCCAAACUCUGAAGCGGGGCCUUCUCGUUCGAGCGGACGUGCGCGUGCCGUCCCACAGCCCAGCGUAACUUUGAGCCAAACUGAGAACCGGCGUCGAUCAAAGCGUUUACGCACUGAUGUUCUCGGCACGCUUUCGCACUACAACCAAACAGAGAGCUUCCUUUCGUCACUUGACGAGUCUGGAUCACUCGUUGGGUCCGUCGGUGACGUCUCGUUUGCCAACAUUCCUCGUUGGAAGCUCCCUCUAGCCAAGCUUACAUCCCUGUCCACCGUCCUCAUAGAUGGUGGGCAGGUCACCGACGGCAAGCGUCCUCGCGACUGGAGCAAACGCUAUACCGUACUCUGCUGCGUCAUGACCGUCGAUCCUCCCAAGCACAUUCCGAGCAAGACGGCAGGCAAGCCCGACACCUGGAUAGCCACCUGGCGGGUUUCUGCACCGGGAGGUGGAGGUCGCGUGGAGAGUCUAUCCGACCCAGUCAGCUGCGACGUCAAGCUGUGGAGCUCUUGCGCACGUGACUGGGGAGAUUCAGUACGCAAGGGCGAUGUGGUUGUGCUUGAAGAUGUCGAGUUUCAACCUGCGUCGCAAACCACAGGCAGAACCGAAUGUCUCAGCAUCUCGCCCUUCCGUGGCCAUUCUCCUCCGCAACCAAAGAUCGUGUAUCGCACUAUGCCACGUUACGAGGCGGCUCUAGGGGACUAUGUGUACCGUGAGGGCAGGCGGGGGGCAGAAGCUCCAGGCCAGCGCGGCGUUAUGAGCGCCGAAGACCGCUUCCUUCGUCCCGACCUUCGUCUCGCUAGAAGCGACCCAGGUAUCCGUCGUGUGGCGGAGCUUGCGCAGUGGUGCGCAGAGUGGUACGAAGUGUUUUACGCCACCAGCGGCAACUUGAUCAAUGACGCCGACCGCCUUCGUGACAUCCGCAACCUCGUCGCCCAUGUCCUCGGCUACACUGAUGCUCCGCCACACCACUUUGGCAACUGUGGCCGACUUUGGACUGUGGCGGCUCUCCAGUACCGCCUGCGUGACGGCGCCAUGUCUGGAUCCAUGGCUCUCCUCCUCAUUCCUCGCCCCGUCCCCUUGGCCCUCGUCACCACGAUCCAGAAGAUGACCAAGAGCGAAAAGUGCUACACCCCUCGUACCCACCUGUUCGACCCCAACCCCUUCCCAGGUCUCGGUGUGGGCCGCCGUGGUAUCGAGCACAAGACGACUCUCACUCCUGUGGCUGCUGCAGUCUGGGGCACUCACGCCUCGUGGCUUGCCCGCGCCAGCAUGGGCAUGCACGUCGACUGGGACGAGUGGCGUCUGGGAUUCAUUGCCGGUACCCCGUCCCAGCUUCUUGGUCUCGGCGACGUUCGCGCAGUCAAGAAGAGCGCCUCGUCUGGAGUCAUCGACCUUGUCAACACCACCGAGCGCCGUAACUGGGUCGUUGUCAACUCAUCGGCUGCCGACAGCGAGGAGACCUCGUCCUCGUCUGGAUACUCCAGCCCACCUCCCGCUACCCCUCCCAAACAGCUCCUCCACGCUCGUCCCCAGAGCCUUGCCGCGUUGUCCAAGUGUGACUAUGACGUCUCGACUGUUCUCUUCUCGCGCCCGACUCGUCCUACCUCUCCCCAGGUUGCCGCUGUGCCCACCCACCGCAUGUCGUACUGCGGCGUGCCCGACAAGGACCAGAUCAAGAGGCCGCUCCCCAUCCCCAACAUUAUCAUGUUGAACAAUGUGAACUCUGAGGUUCUGAACAAUGGUCGUCGUGGAAACGUUGCUUGA